AGGGUAGAGCUGAGCGGUUUCGAACUCACGGCAAAUCUUUCCUUUUGGUGUCGAGGCUUCGUCCCGGACGUGUGUGUGAUUAAAAGAUGUCUACAGCAAAGGAGCCUAGCAAGUCGGUGCAGGUGUUUGGCCGUAAGAAAACAGCCAUCGCCGUUGCGCACUGCAAAGCUGGAAAUGGGGUUCUCCGUGUUAAUGGAAAACCCCUUGACAUGAUCGAGCCCGCGACUCUUCGGUACAAAUUAAUGGAGCCGAUUUUGCUUUUGGGUCGCGAUCGCUUCCAACAGUUAGACAUCCGUGUUCGCGUCAAGGGUGGUGGCGAUGUGUCUCGUCUGUACGCCGUGCGUCAGUGCGUGUCUAAGGCGAUCGUAGCCUUCUAUCAGAAGUACGUCGACGAGGCGACGAAGAAAGAGCUCAAGGACACACUCACCUCGUACGAUAAGACACUUCUAGUUGCUGAUCCCCGUCGUUGUGAGCCGAAGAAAUUCGGCGGUCCCGGAGCCCGCGCUCGCUACCAGAAAUCUUACCGUUAAGUCAUGCCUUAAUCGACGGCGGCGUGAGGGAACGACGACGUGUAACAGUCAAGCUGGCGAAGUUGGCAAUUAAGUCAAUAAAGAACGCCCAGAC